AUGGCCGCGGGCUUGAGGGCGUUGGGCAGAAACGCUUGUGCUUGUGUGGUACUCGGUUUGUCGUUGAGCCCUACAACACCACACUUUCUUGCUUCUGGUGGAGCAAAAGGGACAGUACUCAUAUGGGAUCUUAUCAACCCUUCUGCAGAAAGAAUUCCCCAUUUUCAGUAUAAUGAAGAUGAUAAUGUGCAGAUCUCGGAUCUGUCAUGGAAUGCUCUUAAACCCAAUGUUAUUACCUCAGCAUCAAAUGUUGGUGUUAAAAUUUUGGAUAUAAGUGCCAAAUCAUCUGUGAUUGGGAAAUUUUCUUCGAUGGAAACUUGUUCAGCUGUAGAAUGGUGCCCAACUGACAAAAAUACGAUGGUCGUAGCUUCUGGAAACUACUGUAAGGUCUGGGAUGUUCGGAAAGUGGACAAGCCAUUGCACCAGUUCAGUGAUACCAAUUCCAUUGUGGCGAUAUCAUGGUGUCCAUUUGAGAAAGAAAUUGUGCUAGCAUGCACUGAAGAGAAGCUUCUUUUACUGAAUGUGAAGAAGGGCGAGGUUGUACAUGAGGUAAAAGCACCUGGCAAAUGCUUGGCCGUUCGCUGGAGCCAACACCGUGUCAACCAUUUUGCCUUAGCUACCUCGGGAGGAAGACCGGUCUACGAUAAAGUGGAGAUGUACCGUGGUGUGGGUAAUUAG